GAACGCGGCAGGGAACGAGGAAGAUACGGGCUCCCCAUUCUCCCCUUUCUCUCGGGCUCUCCGUCGGUGCUGGCGCCUGAAGCGGCGCCGGCUGCGCCCAGCGGUGCCUCAGCCCCAGGCGCCGCACCAGCCUCGGCUGUGAGGGAAACCAGCGAGAGGGAGGGAGCGAGGGCGGCCGUGCGUUCCUCUGACGGAGACCGGCGAGGACGGCGGGGGAAGCGGCCGACUGUAUGAUGUACUUCAUCCUUUUGUCGUAGGACUUCAUUCACUUAAGGAAAACUAAAGACUGCAUCAAUGGAGCACAUUCAGGGAGCUUGGAAGACUAUCAGUAAUGGUUUUGGACUCAAGGAUUCUGUCUUUGAUGGCCCAAACUGUAUUUCACCUACUAUUGUCCAGCAGUUUGGUUAUCAACGCCGAGCAUCUGAUGAUGGAAAAAUAUCAGAUACUUCCAAGACUAGUAAUACUAUUCGUGUUUUCUUGCCCAACAAGCAGCGCACUGUGGUCAAUGUGCGAAAUGGGAUGACCUUACAUGACUGUCUAAUGAAGGCACUGAAAGUAAGAGGUCUGCAGCCAGAAUGCUGUGCGGUUUUUCGACUUCUGACUGAACCAAAAGGAAAAAAAGUGCGUUUGGAUUGGAAUACAGAUGCUGCCUCCUUGAUUGGAGAGGAACUGCAAGUGGACUUUCUUGAUCACGUUCCACUCACUACACACAAUUUUGCCCGGAAGACAUUUCUAAAGCUUGCUUUCUGUGACAUCUGCCAGAAGUUCCUGCUAAAUGGGUUUCGGUGUCAGACAUGUGGUUAUAAAUUCCAUGAACACUGCAGCACUAAAGUUCCAACCAUGUGUGUCGACUGGAGCAAUAUCAGGCAACUCUUAUUGUUCCCAAGUACAAAUAUCAGUGACAGUGGUGUCCCUGCACUACCUCCCUUGACAAUGAGACGGAUGCGGGAGUCUGUCUCCCGGAUACCUGUUAGUUCCCAGCACAGGUAUUCUACACCUCAUGCCUUCACAUUCAACACAUCAAAUCCUUCCUCUGAGGGCUCUCUCUCCCAAAGACAGCGAUCUACAUCUACACCAAAUGUCCAUAUGGUUAGCACUACAAUGCCUGUGGACAGCCGGAUCAUUGAGGAUGCAAUCCGAAGCCAUAGUGAAUCAGCCUCACCUUCUGCUCUGUCUGGAAGUCCUAACAAUAUGAGCCCAACUGGCUGGUCUCAGCCCAAAACCCCAGUCCCAGCCCAAAGAGAGCGAGCCCCUGGGUCUAACACACAAGAAAAAAACAAAAUUAGGCCUCGUGGACAAAGAGAUUCCAGUUAUUACUGGGAAAUAGAAGCGAGUGAAGUCAUGCUUUCCACCAGAAUAGGGUCGGGUUCGUUUGGAACGGUUUACAAAGGCAAAUGGCACGGGGAUGUAGCAGUGAAGAUACUAAAGGUUGUAGAUCCAACCCCAGAACAGUUCCAGGCUUUCAGAAAUGAGGUGGCUGUAUUAAGGAAGACUCGGCAUGUUAAUAUUCUGCUCUUCAUGGGCUACAUGACUAAAGAUAACCUGGCCAUCGUUACGCAGUGGUGCGAGGGAAGCAGCCUGUAUAAACACCUGCAUGUUCAAGAGACCAAGUUCCAAAUGUUCCAGCUCAUUGACAUUGCUCGGCAGACAGCACAGGGGAUGGACUAUUUACAUGCAAAGAAUAUCAUCCACAGAGACAUGAAAUCCAAUAAUAUCUUUCUUCAUGAAGGCCUCACGGUGAAAAUAGGAGACUUUGGUCUGGCAACUGUAAAAUCCAGGUGGAGUGGAUCUCAACAGGUGGAGCAGCCCACUGGGUCGAUCUUGUGGAUGGCACCAGAAGUGAUACGGAUGCAGGACAGCAACCCCUUCAGUUUUCAGUCAGAUGUCUACUCCUAUGGAAUAGUGUUAUAUGAGCUAAUGACGGGGGAGCUGCCCUACUCCCACAUCAACAACCGGGAUCAGAUUAUUUUCAUGGUUGGCCGAGGAUAUGCUUCUCCAGACCUCAGCAAGCUCUACAAGAACUGCCCCAAGGCCAUGAAGAGGCUCGUAGCAGAUUGCUUGAAGAAAGUUAGGGAAGAAAGACCUCUGUUUCCACAAAUCCUGUCAUCCAUCGAACUGCUGCAACAUUCUUUGCCCAAGAUCAACCGCAGCGCUUCCGAGCCCUCUCUGCACCGCGCCGCCCACACAGAGGACAUCAACUCCUGCACACUAACAUCCACGAGACUGCCCGUCUUUUAGGCUCUGCUCCCCUUCCCUUGCUCUCCCUAGGGAUGGGAAAGGAACAGAAGUAACAGAAGUUGUGCUUUUAAUGCCUCAGUGUACAGGAUCAGUGCCAGCAGGAUGAUCUGCGUCCCAGUUUGAAGAACAAGCUGCUAAGGAUCCCCGCGGUUUGCCCCGCAGGGACACAGCUCCACAUGGCCUUUUUCUACAGUUUCUUGUACUGGGAUAGUUCACAGACUUUACAAAUCAAGAGAUCUAUUACUAUUUUUUUAAUAGAUGCACUUGAGCCUUAUUUUCCCCAUCCACAGAAGCGACGGCUGCUUCUUUGGCAGUGUCUCUGGAUUGAUUUGAAUCUGGUGGUGAGGUGGGAUUUGGGCAGCAGGGAGAGCAGCCUCGGUGCUGGAGGGAAGGAAGGUGGAGCAUUGCUGGUGCCCCCUGCCCCUGGGUGCCCCCUGCCCCCGUGAGCUGGGGGAGCUUUGCCUGGAAGUUGGGGUGGGUUGGUCUGCACACAAGACUUGAGGGACGAGGAAGAAUAACUUCCUGGAAAUCAGCUCCUGCCUAAAGAGCUUUCAUCAAGCCAAUGACAUAAGUGAAAAUGCUAAUUCAACACAAGAUAGUUUUUGCAAUAGUUUUGCACAUAGAAGAAAAAACAAACCAAACUCUUGCAAAAGAAUGGAAUCUGUUCCCAAUUGUCCUGCUCAGAAGGAAGCUAGCCAGCCUCGCUACCGUCAUCUGCAGUAACUUCAGCAGCUUACUUUGGUACUAUUGACUUGUUUGUUGCAGCCUGAGGAGGGGCCAGUGCAGAGGGACAGGCUCUUGUGGCUGAGGAGAGGCCAAUUGCCAGCAUCCACACACUGCUGCAGCCGAGCACAGCCUCCAGCCCACCCGGAGCUGCCGGCAGAGAGAUGCACUAUCAAGAGGAAACUGAGCACACACAGUUUUUCUUGCUGAUUUGGGUUUUAAUUUUGUUUUUAUUGCUCCUGAGAAAAUGCAUUUAUUGUAAGCCAAGGUUCCUCUGAUUAUCUUAUUUUAAUAAAAUAAAUUAAAUUGUA